AUGUUUCUUCAUGCAAAAAACCCAGGCGAUAUUCAGCAUAAGCAUCUUCAAGGUCGCGAGACAAUCUUUCUCGUUGACUCGGUAGUCAACACCGGCCAGUCAAUCUUGGAAUUCGUGCAGCACAUUCGAAACCUUCAUGCCUCUAUCCGCAUUAUCGUCGUUGCUGGUGUCAUCCAGGCAAAAUCGGUUUCCACCAGUAUGAUUGCGCAAGAGCUCUCGCGAUUCCGGCGUUUGUCCUUCGUUGCUCUUCGCCUGUCGAAUAAUCAAUUCACCGGCAAAGGGCCCACCGAUACGGGGCACAGACUGUUCAACUCCGUGCUCCUUAAUUAG